CUCCGCUCCCACAUCCCCAGCAGAAGCCCACACGGACCCGGAGGAGCGGGGCGUGGACUGCGCGGACUUUUUUAGUGGAGACGAAAAAACUUUCGGAGGACGUGGGGCGCAAAAAAAACAACAACCAGAAAAGAAACGGAAAAAGCAAUUUGCCAGGCUGUAUGUUCUUGAUUUGAGGAGCCUGAGAGAGCAGCCCAUCGAAACUGUCGCACAGCCAUGGAUGACAUCUUCACACAGUGCCGGGAGGGGAACUCUGUGGCUGUCCGUCUGUGGCUGGACAACACAGAGAAUGACCUCAACCUGGGGGAUGACCACGGAUUCAGCCCGCUGCACUGGGCGUGCAGGGAGGGGAGGAGUGGCGUUGUUGACAUGCUCAUCAUGAGAGGCGCACGCAUCAAUGUGAUGAACCGUGGAGACGAUACACCUUUACACCUCGCCGCCAGUCAUGGCCACAGAGACAUCGUGAUUAAGCUGAUUCAGUGCAAAGCUGACCCCAACACGGUCAAUGAGCAUGGGAACACCCCGCUUCACUACGCCUGCUUCUGGGGCCAAGAUGAAGUUGCAGAGGACUUGAUAACCAGCGGUGCCCAGGUGUGUGUAUGUAACAGAUAUGGACAAACACCUCUGGACAAGGCCAAGCCUCACCUAAGACAACUACUGCAAGAAAAGGCAGAGAAAAUGGGACAGAGUAUGACUAAAAUCCCAUACAAAGAAACCUUCUGGAAGGGUACCAUGAGGACACGACCUCGUAAUGGUACCCUGAACAAGCAGGCUGGUAUUGAUUAUAAGCAACUUUCGCUCCUGGCAAAGAUCAAUGAAAACCAGUCUGGAGAGUUAUGGCAAGGUCGGUGGCUAGGGGAUGAGAUUGUAGUUAAAGUUCUCCAGGUGAGAGACUGGACCACCAGAAAGAGCAGAGAUUUCAACGAGGAGCAUCCUAAACUCAGGAUCUUCUCUCAUCCAAACAUCCUGCCUGUUCUUGGAGCCUGUCAGUCACCUCCGUCUCCUCACCCUAUCAUCAUAAGUCACUACAUGCCAUAUGGAUCCCUCUACAACAUACUCCACCAAGGCACUACUCUGGUGGUUGACCAAAGCCAAGCAGUAAAGUUUGCUCUGGACAUUGCCAGUGGCAUGGCUUUCCUCCACACCUUAGAGCCAAUGGUGUCACGCCUUUACCUAAACAGUAAGCAUGUCAUGAUUGACGAGGACAUGACAGCCAGAAUAAGCAUGGCCGAUGCCAAGUUCUCCUUCCAGUGUCCCGGUCGCAUGUACUCCCCUGCCUGGAUGGCCCCCGAGGCGCUGCAGAAGAGGCCUGAGGACAUCAACAGACGGUCAGCGGACAUGUGGAGCUUUGCCGUGCUGCUGUGGGAGCUCGUUACCAGAGAGGUCCCGUUUGCUGAUCUCUCACACAUGGAGAUCGGCAUGAAGGUGGCUCUUGAAGGUCUUCGACCAACUAUUCCACCAGGAAUCUCACCUCAUAUCUGUAAGCUCAUGAGGCUCUGCAUGAACGAAGACCCGGCCAAAAGACCCAAGUUCGACAUGAUUGUCCCCAUCUUGGAGAAGAUGCAAGACAAGUGAACACCUCCCCAACAACAGUUCCAGCGCUGCAAUUGUUUUUCAUAAUCAAACCACUCUUUAGCUUCACUUCAGUCACUUAUCUGCUCAUUCACUGUAAAUAAGACCAGAGACCACUUUAGCUGCACAAGUAUGAACACAAUUUACAUUACAUUACUAUUUGUAUACUUUAAGUUAAUUGGAGGUUUAGGUGAUCUUUAAUCCAUGUUGCCCCUAGUUUUAUGGCUGAAAUGUCUGAAAUAAUGGGGUGCUUUUUAUCCACUGAAGAGUAUUUUCAGUGAGCUAUCCAAAGAAUUGUGUAUAGAAUGAAUGCUUUUAUACACAAUCAAACUUCAGUGUAAUAAAUGUUUUAUAUUUAUGACAGAUUCUGUUCUUUUUUUAAAAUGUAUUGUAAUCCUUUUGUGAAACGCAUGUCAAUUCUUUGUCACAUUCAAUAAAAUAUU